AGAAAAUCCAGCUGCAGCAGCCACAGCUUCCUUUAAACACUGUAGUUCUUCAUCAGUCCUAACAAGAGAAGGAGGGUUUAUUCUUUUUAUGUGUAAAGAUCAAUAGAAUGGUAACUGCUCUAGGAUUUGCUGAUGUGAUCUGGUUCAUAUUUUCGUACUCUAUAUUUUAUGCUGCUUUUUCAAAUGUAGAGGGAUCAGAGUCAGGAUAUAUAAAAAAGAACAAACUCUACCGCUGCAGCUUGGAUGGGACUGAGACAAAGCCACCUUUGGUGGCUUUAAACUGGAAGGUAGAUCUGGAAAACAUGGAGAUGACUUGGGACUCUAAUGUCACAAUGACUAAAUGUUCUGUUGACACUCCUCCCCAUGAUUGUAUAUAUGGUGCUAAAAAUGGAACAAUGUGCUCUUUUGAAAGUGUGCAGCGUCAUGAGGGGGUGACUUUCAUAGCCAAAAUGAUGUAUCUGAAUAAGACUUUUUCAGAUACCAUCUACUUUCCCCCUCAAGAGGAUGGAACAGCAGCUGAAAAUUUCUCUUGUGAACUUUACAAUGUUUCUUCUGUGAACUGUACUUGGAACGCUGGAAGAAACGCUCCAGAAGAUGUCCAGUAUUUUCUUUACCUGAAGUACAGUAAGAAUCACAAGGGAGAAAAGAGAGAGUGUCCACAUUAUAUAAAUAACACCUUCGGAAGACCUAUUGCAUGCCACAUCCCUGAAAUGCCUUUGAAAUAUUAUGACGAUAUUUGGUAUUUCUAUGUGAAUGGAUCAAGCAAAAAAUCACAGAUUCAGUAUUAUGAUGCACUUCUCAAUAUAUGCUGCAGUGAAAAGUUAGGCCCUCCACAGAGCAUCACUACAAAUUGUUCUAAGCAGCCAUCAAUGUGUAGAAUAGAAUGGUCACCUGAUCAUAAGUGCUGCUGCCCUCGUUACGAAAUAAAGGAUGAAACCAAAAAUACAACUGAGUGUAUAACUGAGAAUUACAAAAACAUUGAUGUGGCGGAAAGACAUAUAGUGAGAAUCCGUAUAGUCAACAAUCCAUGUGAUAGUUUUAUCUAUGGUGAGUGGAGUGAACCAAUUAUAAUAGACCAUCCAUCCCAUCCAAUUCCAUUAUCAUUAAUACUUGUAACCGUUGGAACCAUCUUAAUAAUUUUGAUCCUGGUAUUUUUCUGUAAAAGAUACCAUAUAUGGCACAAGUUAACCACUCCAGGUCCACAACCAAAAAACCUUUUUCAGCAGUAUGGCAGGAAUGCAGAGAAAGAACCGGUGGACCCAAUACCAACAGUGCAUGAGCCAGAGGAAAAAAUAACAUUCAUUGAAGAAGUUACCACCAGCUUUAAAAAAUAAAGGCACUUUUUCGGACAGCAAACUACUGACCUGCUUAAUUUCUACCCCUGCCUCUUGAAGGGUAGAGGAGGAGGCCUCUGCCAGCAAUUCACUGCUGUUUCUGAAAGACAAGAAUUCACCAGGCAUCGCUAGACACCAUCCGCAAGCAACAUUUGGUAAAAGUACCUUCUUGAACCCUGUCCAUUAGAUACAGGCAAUGGUGGGAUUCAGCAGGUUUGCCCCACUUCGGUAGAACUGGUUGUUAAAAUGGUGCUUGAAAACAACUAUUGCUACUCAUAAGCCACCAUAUUCAGAAGCUAUAGGAAACAAAUAGCAAACACACUUUGGGGAUAGAGCGGUCUAUCAAAUCGAAUUAAUAAUAAUAAUAAUAAUACACAUCUAAUUUUACAUAUAUUUAAACUCUGCCAUGGUGUAUGUUGAUUUCAUUAUACAAUAGUUACUUUAGUCUUUGCGUGUUAAGGGGCAUGAAGUUGCUUUUAACUUAUGGAGACCCUUUGAAUUAAUGACCUUCCAAACCGUCUAUUGUUAUCAGGUUUUCUCAGGUGUUGCAAACUGAGAGCUGUGGCUUCUUUUAUUGAGUCAGUCAAUUUCGUGUUGCAUCUUCCUCUUUUCUUGCUUCCUUCAACUUCUCCAGUGAGUCAUGUCUUCUCAUAAUAUGACCAAAGAACAAUAGCCACAGUGUAAUCAUUUCAGCUUUCAGGAAGACUUCAGACUUGAUCUAGAACUUGCUUAUUUUGGGGGGAGAGGGGUCAAAGUAUCAAAACACUGUAUUUCAAACUAAUCAACUUUUUACCUAUCAGCUUUUUUAAUUGCCCAACAUACAAAUUAACAUAUUAUGCAAACCUUUAUGGGUGAAAAGUAAUUUACAACCACAGUUCUUCAGCAAGCAGAAAACAACCAGUAAAAAGUAUGAAGAUAUUUACAAGCUGCAGCAGGCACAAACCAAAACUUUUAAGGUUACAAACGGUUUUUACUUUCCGGUAACGUAAUGUGAAUCCGUCUUACUUGAUUUCGAAUGCCUUCAAGUCUGAUCCCAUUAGCACUUCAAAUUCAUCUGAGAUCUUUAUUAGAACUCAUCAACUCUCAUUAUAGCUUUGAGUAUAUGGAAAAAAGUAUAUGCAUUCAUCAAAGAUGAAUACCCUGAUCAUUCUUGCCAAUUUAUAGAGCCUAUUUCUAUGUAAGCAUGGACUUUCUUUCAUUAAGUACUAUAUGUUAUCAACAAAUCACUGAGCUCCUUUUAUCCUGCUAAAUAUUUAAAUUUACCUCACCUUAUAGUAUUCUGUUCCAAUAACAUUGUUGGCUAAGAUCCACAAAUUUUUUUUAAAAGCUGCGUGUGUAUAUUCAGUUCCCCAAGGACGUGCUUAUUUGCUUCUUUUUAAUGUUCAGCCAAAAAUCUUUGAAGUGUGUUGAACAAUGGUGCAUAUAUGGUUUUAUAUAAGGAGCAGCACUAACAUCCAACCUGGUUUCCUUUCAUUACUAGUACCCUUCAUCCUUUAUCCUACUUCAACUUUAAGUCUGCCAGAAUUAUACCAUAUAUCCAACAGAAUGUAGUGCAUCUUUACUGCUUGUGUUCUAGUGGAAGAUAACUUAGAUUUGAGUCAACAGAAUGGUACUGUGCACUAUUACAAACAGAAAUAAGAUAUUUACUCUGGAAGUCAUCUUCCCAUUCACUCAGGGCUACCUUUCUCAAAAGCAAGUGCUUAUAUACAUGUUGAUAAGUUAAUGAGGUAUUUCUCAAGCUGCAUUUUGCCCAUCAUAAUUUUAAGCUGAUCCAAUAAACCCUUACAAUGGCCUACUUUCUUUU